AUGGAGAGUUUGGUGGCGUCCCUCGUCAGGCAAAGAAAGGUGCUCACGCCGUCGGCAAGGCCUAAUUUCUGCAUGCUGAUGAUCGAUGGCAACGUGUUUCUUUCAACAACCCUUCGCGAACUGUGCUCGAGGUUUCACUCUUCCAACCUCAUCCCGGUGGAGUGCCCAAUCGUUGUGGCGGAGAGCGAUUCGGGCGUAUACGGAGCGGGAGUUUCCGGUGAAGGUGACUACUCGACUUACGAAGGCCGGGACAUCGAGCUCGAUCCCCCACCACCCACCACGUGCGUGCUCACCGUUGCAUACAUCCCACCGGAGGGGGGGAUCGACGGCGGCCUACCGCAGCCUCGAGUUAAGACCUUCAUCGCCAGCCACAGUUUCCAGAACACACGAAAUGACGGCCCGUCCGUGGACGGUGUCGCACCCGUUUUCACGGAGUGCGCUCCCGCCGUUACCUUCGGAACCAAACUGGCAGCAGUGAACGGGGAGAACAAGCCUGGCGGCACUUCUAGCUCGGCGUCUUGCACUAAUCUCACUGAACCCGCGGGGUCAAGCGGGCCACCCCAGCCGGUGAGGAGGUCGAUCCGGGCGACGACCGUGACUAAGUCGAAGGUGGCAUCGCAGCGCGUGUAUCCGAAGCUAACACCGCCAUCAUCCAGCGUCCCGCUAGAGGACGCUGACACUGUUUUUCUCGUGGACGAUCACCACCCGCUGUUGAUGGCGAGAACGGCGGACUGGCUCCAGAAGUUGCUCGGGGAAGAUACGGUGGUUCUUGGUGGCAGCACGACGUGCGCUUUGUGUAUUGGCAGCCAGGUGUUUCCCGACCCCGACGAAAAGGUCGGAAAUCACUCGCGACCAAGCAUCCAAGCUCGCGUUGUGGUCGGGGUUGCUCUGCGAGGAGUUCACGCCCUGGCGAUUUCAGCGAAAGGCUACGAAGGUGUCGGGCCGGUAUUUAAGAUAGACACCACGGCUGACCCUCAAGGAGGCCCGCAGGCAGAGAAGGGCAAGCUGCUACGAGAUGUGACGGUCGUGUCAUCGGAGGGGGUCGCUGUUCGCAAAAGCACCGCCCUAUCGAUCUUCCAGCACGAGGUUUGCCAAGCCUCAGGCGAAAGCUACCCGGAAAAGAUUUCUCUAGGGGUAAGCGCUUCGCCGGCCGAACUGCUCCGCUGCCGAUCCGGCUCGGGGCGUUGUGAGGAUCUGGAUGAUGAGAUUGAGGAAGAAGCGACAGGAGCGCCGCCCGUCGCCGUGAACUGGACCUUUGGAGAGGCCGUCGCGCUCGACGACGACGUGACGCCCGGGCAGCACGCGCGCUUCCUGCGCAGCACGAACCGGCUCGUUCUCGAGGACGCCGAGGCUGCGUACCACGCGUGCGGGCGGCGCGUCGAGAGGGAAGGGGGCGUCGUGCUGUCCUCCAUUAGCUUCACGUGCUGCGUUCGGCUCGACCACGUGGAGUUGUCUGGUCGACGAGUGCAGCAAGAACGCGAGCAGCGGCAACAGCAGCAGCCUGAUGGCGGGGACGGGGAUGCGGUGGUAACCCGCGUCAUGGCCCUCCACCAACAGGAGAUGGUCAGAUUCAUCAAGACGCUUAAUGCCCCCGCGGCCGGAGUGUUCUGCGAUGCCGAGUUCGGGCCUGUGGCAGCCAUGUCGGCAGGAAUCCACCCCAAGACCGCCAAGUCUCGAUUUCAGGGUUACACCUCCUGCGCCGCCGUGCUGUGCUGGAACCCUGGCUCGGUCGGAACCAAGUCCCGUGCCAGUAGUGUCAGCCAGGGUUUGUAGUCUAGUCGCUCAUUCAAAGGCUUUUACGGUGUCUGCAUCGCUGCGAGUGCGAGAAAAUACUGGCAGGCGCACUGCUUACGGGGGAGAAGCCUGUUCUCACAGCCAUCCCUUGUCGUUUUCCGGAGGGAACAACUGCUUCACCAGCGUUUCAUCGCGCACAGGGGAAAGGGGGGAAGGCUUACUUUUCUUCGAGCGCAGUCGAACACCACAAGUGUGUAUACGAAGCGAUUUGAAGCAGAAGUAGUAGUGGAAAAUGGGCUGGCCCUGACAGCAAAGCCCAAUAGCAGCGAUCAAAUGCUAGCGUUUGUGACGGUUCGUUUGUGU